AUGGCGGAGGAGAAUCCAGAGUUCCAGUCCGCUUUGCGGGAGCUGGACAGGGAGCUGGAGGAGGGUGAUAUCACCGAGAAAGGGUAUCAAAAGCGACGUACCCUCCUGCUCUCCCAGUUUCUCGGCCCCAACAAGCCGCUUGAGAUAGGCUCUCAUGCGGCCGCAGGCUAUGGGGACCCGUCCGAAGGCUCCCAUAUCAACCCGCCAGCGAUAUUGAGCGUCCGACCACCGACUGCCGAGUCUUUGCAACCGACCAUUGCUUCUCCGACAUAUGCAGGCGCAUACGAAGGCAUGCAAAGUAGUGGAGGAUAUGGGUACAACCACCGAGUCAGCGUGGACGCACAGAAUCCGUCCUCGGCUCCAGCCGGAUCUCACGAGCGAGACAGUACGGGCAUGUUACAAGCUGUUGAUCGAAUGCCAUCUACGGCCUCGUACGAUUCGCUUUUCCUUCCCAAACCUCCUGUCCCCGGUUCGCAAGGCCAAGAUGGGUCGCGCACCGCGACUCUGAUGAGCCAGAGCUACGCCUUUAACCCCGAGUCACAGCCGGAAUAUGUUCAGUCUGAAUAUGAUCAGCCCGAGUACAUGGAUGAUGGUAUGGAGGGCUACGAUCCUGCCUUGGGUGGGGUCACGCGACAGUCAACAAUGUUGGAUUCUCAGCAGGGCUACUUCUCGGACUUUGCCGGACAGCAGCAUGAUGAUUACAGGGAAAGCUAUGGUGGUGGUUUCCAUCGCUACUCUCAAUCAGGCGAGGCCUUCUCACCUACGGCGAACAUGGCGCCGCCAUUCAUUCCUCCCUCCGAACUGCCCCACGGCCCGGCAAUCCAGCAUCUCUUACCCCUCGAACCUCGAGAUAUUCCCUUUGCAGUGAACGAUCCUCAUGACAAGAACAUCCCCAUGUCAAAUUUUGACAAUCUUCCGACGGUUCUUCGACACCGCGCACGAGUCCACCCGAAACAGCCUGCAUACUGGGUGCUGGACCAGAAAGGCAAGGAAAUUGCAUCAAUCACAUGGGACAAGCUAGCAAGCCGCGCAGAAAAAGUUGCACAGGUCAUUCGUGAUAAGAGCAACUUGUACCGCGGAGAUCGUGUCGCGCUGAUCUAUCGCGAGGCUGAAAUCAUCGAGUUCGCCGUGGCCCUCAUGGGCUGUUUCAUCGCAGGAGUGGUCGCUGUUCCAAUUAACAGCCUGGAUGAUUACCAAAGCCUGAAUCUGGUGCUCACCUCGACGCAAGCUCAUCUAGCCUUGACCACCGAGAACAAUUUGAAGGGGUUCCAGCGUGACAUAACGGCACAGAAGCUCAAUUGGCCUCGUGGAGUUGAAUGGUGGAAAACCAACGAGUUUGGCAGCUUUCAUCCCAAGAAGAAGGACGAUACACCCGCCCUCGUUGUGCCCGAUCUAGCAUUCAUCGAGUUUGCGAAGGCUCCGACAGGAGACAUGCGCGGUGUCGUGAUGAGUCACCGAACCAUUAUGCACCAGAUGGCCUGUCUAAGUGCCAUUGUCUCAACUGUACCUAUGGAGUCUAGUGCCAGACCAUACGCGACCAAGGGAGAAACCAUUAUCAGUUACCUUGACCCAAGACAAGGAAUUGGUAUGAUUCUGGGUGUUCUCUUGACCGUCUACGGCGGUCACACAACCGUCUGGCAUGAGGAUCGCGCGGUUGAAACGCCCGGUCUGUAUGCUCAUCUUAUCACCAAGUAUAGAGCGACCAUCAUGGCUGCGGAUUACUCGGGACUGAAGAUCGCCGCAUACAAUUACCAACAGGAUCCCAUGUCCACCAGACAUUUCAAAAAGAACUCAGAACCCAAUUUCGGCAGCGUUAAACUUUGCCUAAUCGACACAAUCACUGUUGAUUCGGAAUUCCACGAGAUCCUGUCAGACCGAUGGCUGCGACCUAUGAGAAAUCCUCGUGCCAGAGAGAUUGUUUGUCCAAUGCUUUGUUUACCUGAGCAUGGCGGCAUGGUCAUUAGUGUACGCGACUGGCUGGGUGGUGAGGAGCGAAUGGGAUGUGUCUUGACCCAUGAGAUGGACCCAGCGGGACGAGACAAGAAGGAAGAAGACGAGAAGCUUGAGAAAUCGGACGCCCCGACCGGCUUUGGUAGCAGUCUUUUGGGCGGUGGGGCUCGCGUUUCGGCUCCAAAGGAGACCGCAAAGAAUGACCUUGGUGAGGUCCUCCUCGACAAGGAGGCUCUCAAAAGCAAUGAAAUCGUCGUGGUGGCAAUGGGAGAGGACGCUCGCAGAUAUGCUAGCAGCAUGCCGCAUACUGUCCGAGUCGGCGCUUUUGGCUAUCCUAUUCCUGAUGCUACACUCGCCAUCGUCGACCCUGAGACCAAUCUCUUGUGCACACCAAAUGUUGUUGGUGAAAUUUGGGUGGACUCUCCGUCGCUGUCGGGAGGCUUCUGGGCGCUGCCCAAGCACACCGAGGCCAUCUUCCAUGCUCGGCCUUACAAGUUUGAAGAUAAUAAUCCUACCCCCGUGCUCGUGGAGCCUGAGUUCCUGCGCACUGGUCUGCUAGGCUGUGUGAUUGAAGGCAAGGUAUUCGUCUUGGGUUUGUAUGAAGACAGACUGCGCCAGAAGGUGGAAUGGACUGAGCAUGGCCAGGAGAUUGCCGAACACCGGUAUUUCUUUGUUCAGCACUUGGUCGUCAGUCUCCUGAAGAAGGUGCCCAAGAUCCACGAUUGCACAGCAUUUGAUGUGUUUGUGAAUGAAGAACAUUUGCCGGUCAUUGUCUUGGAAUCAUAUGCUGCUUCGACGGCGCCUACAACGUCUGGUGGUCCGCCGCGUCAGCUUGACUCUGUUCUUCUUGAUUCGCUUGCCGAGCGAUGUAUGGAGGUUCUUUAUCAAGAACACCAUCUCCGAGUCUAUUGUGUUUUGAUCACCGCCCCCAACAGUCUCCCUCGUGUGACCAAGAAUGGUAGAUUGGAGAUUGGUAACAUGCUGUGCCGCAAGGACUUUGAAGCCGGUAUGUUGCAGGCUGUGCACGUCAAGUUUGGCGUGGAGCGGUCUGUGAUGAACUUGCCCGUUGGUGUUGACCCCGAGGGUGGCAUCUGGUCACCCCUUGCCCUGGCGUCCCGGCAAGAUAUCUUGGCCUACCAGGAGAAACAAUAUUCUGGUGUGGAUUACAGAGAUGUUGUUAUGGAUGAUCGAACCUCUACUCCACUUAACCAGUUCAAGACCAUUGUCGAUCUCUUCCAGUGGCGGGUUUCACGCCAGGCUGAAGAGCUUGCUUAUUGCUCCAUCGACAGCCGUGGUAAAGAAGGCAAGGGCAUUACCUGGAAGAAGUUUGAUCUGAAGGUCUCCGCGGUUGCAACCUACCUCAAGAACAAGGUCAAGGUUCGACCCGGUGACCAUCUGGUCUUGAUGUACACCCACUCGGAGGAAUACAUCUAUGCUGUUCAUGCCUGCUUCUGCCUAGGUGUUGUUGUUAUCCCGGUGGCCCCCAUUGACCAGAACCGCCUCUCUGAGGACGCUCCUGCAUUCCUUCAUGUGAUCAACGACUUCAAUGUCAAGGCUAUCAUUGUCAACACUGAGGUUGACCAUGUCAUGCGGCAGAAGCUUGUUUCUCAACAUAUAAAGCAGUCUGCACAGGUUCUUCGCAUUGGUGUACCGGCCAUCUACAACACCACCAAGCCUUCGAAGCAAUCACACGGUUGUCGUGAGCUUGGCUACACUAUGAAGGAUGCUUGGCUUCAGGGCAAUCAAGCUGCCCUUGUUUGGACCUACUGGACUCCCGAUCAACGACGGAUUUCCGUGCAGAUUGGGCAUGAUACCAUCAUGGGCAUGUGCAAGGUGCAGAAAGAGACCUGUCAAAUGACUAGCUUACGACCCGUGCUUGGUAGUGUGCGCAGCACUCUGGGUCUCGGAUUUCUUCAUACUUGUUUGAUGGGUGUCUACGUCGGUGCUCCCACCUACCUCGUCUCUCCCGUCGACUUUGCUCAGAACCCAAUGACGCUGUUUGUGACCCUUGCACGGUAUAAGAUCAAGGACACCUAUGCCACCAGCCAGAUGUUGGACUAUGCCAUGAGCACCAUGGCCGGAAAGGGCUUCCAGCUUCAAGAGCUCAAGAACUUGAUGAUUUCUGCCGAAGGCCGUCCCAGAGUCGAUAUCUACCAGAAGACGCGACUGCACUUUGCAUCCGCGGGCUUGGACCGUACCGCAAUCAACGUUGUUUACUCGCACGUCCUCAACCCCAUGAUUGUCACGAGAUCGUACAUGUGCAUUGAACCGAUUGAGCUUUGCCUAGAUCUCCGCAGUCUUCGCCGCGGUUUGAUUUAUCCCGUGGACCAUGAUACGGACCCAACGGCUCUUGUGGUCCAAGAUUCUGGAAUGGUGCCCGUCAAUACCCAAAUUGCCAUUGUUAACCCGGAAACCUGCACAUUAGCUCACGUUGGCGAGUACGGUGAGAUCUGGGUCCAAUCAGAUGCUUGUGCCCAAGGCUUCUACAGGUCUACACAGGAGUUUGAUGCUGAGAGAAUGAAUGGUCGCGUCGCAGAUGGUGACCCCAAUGUACCCUAUGUCCGUACCGGUGAUCUUGGCUUCUUACAUACUGUUACUCGCCCCAUUGGUCCUGGUGGGCAGCCUGUUGAGAUGCAGGUGCUUUUCGUUCUUGGAAGCAUCGGUGAGACCUUUGAGGUCAAUGGCUUAAAUCAUUUCCCCAUGGACAUUGAGAACUCGGUGGAGAGGUGCCACCGCAACAUUAUGAAGGGAGGAUGUGCCAUCUUCCAAGCGGGUGGCUUGAUCGUGGUGGUCGUCGAGGUCACUCGCAAGUCGUUCCUGGCAUCUCUUGUUCCUGUGAUUGUCGACACAAUCCUGGGCGAACACCAGGUAGUCGCAGAUAUAGUCGCUUUCGUCUCCCAUGGGGACUUCCCUCGCUCGCGACUUGGUGAAAAGCAGCGUGGAAAGGUUCUGGCUUCCUGGGUGACGCGUAAGCUGCGCACAGUUGCUCAAUUUAGCAUCCGCGAUUUGGACGAAGAUCAUCCAUUCAACCUUAUGCAGCCUCGUGCUAGCCGUAGCUCCAAGCCUGGAAGCACCAUGGGUCACAGCAUCCGCCAGUCCAGUAUCAUUCCUGACGCUGACGUGCCUGCCGUGCCUCGAUCCCCAGUCACUGCGGUCCCUGAGGACAGAGCUGUCACCUUGCAAGAGUCUUAUCGGGACAUGGCGCCUGUAACUCUGCCGGAACUUGACACUCGCACGGACAACUUUGUUUCCUCGACGCCCGUCCCUGCACCGACCUCGGCUGUACCUCACAUCCAGGAGCCACAGUCCGCAACAAUAGUGACGGAGGAUGACGACCAUUUCGAUCAUCACUUUGAUGAUCACCAUUUUGACGAUCACCGCUUCGACAUGGUGGAUGGUUCUAAUGAACCUGGUCUUGGACCAUCCCGCGAUUUCCGCUUCAGCUUUGACAUGAUCAAUAGCCCUGUCGAGCAGCUACCGCAUAAUCCGGUUCAACCUGGUGCCGAGUAUCACCCAGCCAGGCAGAGCUCUCUCGCCGGUCAGCAACAACCCGGAUAUCAUGGGGAUGGCGCAGGGUAUGCAGUUCCUAGCCAUCAACAAAGGCCCGGAACUCAGGAAAGCGGCCUGAUCGAUGACUGGCCCCAGGAGGCUCUCAUGUAUCAGUCCGCCCUUGGCGGAGAAGACGCUCACCGAAAGCCCUCUGACGCUGGCAACCGGAUUUGA